UCCUUCCAUUGUAUAUACUUGAACGUUUGGAUCUUCCGUUUAGAGUCAUUUGCGGCGACGAGAAGAUUUGUUCGUGAUUUCUAUUCGCGUUUUACCCUGAUUCUUUUUGCAAUUAUCGAGGCGUGGGAUUUCCCGAUACAUUCAAGUUUCUGACCACCAGCGACUGCAAUGCUGCCGUUUCUGUCUACAUCAAAGGUCGGCAAGUCCUUGAUUUCGCGUAGACGUGAUGUCAGACAUGCGAUCAAAUACGCAAGUUGUAAUGCCGAGCCGUGGAAAUAUCAAAACGUUCGACAUGUGAAGUGUAUUGCCGGUGUUGAGACCUCGUCGAUUCAUAGACUGUUUGAUAAGGGUCAAAAGAUUUUUCAUGGGAGCUUCCAUGAUACUAGUGCUGGACAAACGAGGCGAUUUAUUGGCUGUGGAGAUGGGCAAGAGGGCGGCGUUCUAUCCAAAAUAUAUGAGGAGAGACGCGUAAUGGGGUAUUCUCCGGAGCAGUUAUUUGACGUAGUUGCAGCUGUUGACUUGUACCAUGAUUUUGUACCGUGGUGCCAGCGGUCAGAGGUAAUCAAAACCUAUCCUGAUGGAUCAUUUGAUGCUGAAUUGGAGAUUGGCUUCAAAUUUCUUGUUGAGAGUUACACUUCACAUGUAGAGAUUCAAAGACCGAAGUCUGUAAAGACAACAGUAUCUCAGAGCACGCUGUUUGAUCACUUGAUAAAUAUUUGGGAGUUCCAACCGGGACCAGUUCCAGGGACUUGCAACCUCUACUUUUUAGUAGAUUUUAAGUUCCAGUCACCCCUGUAUCGACAGGUGGCUUCGGUGUUCUUUAAGGAGGUUGUCUCAAAACUGGUUGGUUCAUUCAGUGAUCGCUGCCGAUUGAUUUAUGGACCAGGGGUUGCAGUCCUUGAAAAUUCAUACGGCCAAAGAGCUUAAAUUCGUUGAAUUUUUCAUUAAAUCUAUCAUUUAGCAGAGAAGAUUUAACAAGGAUUAAGUUAGCAAGUUGGAAUCCUGACAGAGAGCAGAUACGGAAUUAGGGGAAAGGGGUAUCAAUAAAUUUGAUUGAUUAAUGGCAUUACUUUUGGGUAGCCUGCAGCUUGCUUAUUUUGCUGUCCACCCAUCAAAGGACAUCUUAACCAUUUUGAUGCAUUUACGUUCCUUUUAUUUUUUGUUCUUGUGCAUUCUCACGUUUUUUGGUUUAAUACUUAGGAGUAUGAAUCGACACAUUUAUGGGAUUUGUUUCUUGUUAGAACAGGUCACAUGCUGGUAGGGAAAAUAUUAUUUCAAGUUUUAGGAUAUGUUUCAGGUUUUAUCCGUACAUAUGAAUCAAUUUUCAAACCAUUGGAGUUUGUAUGAUGUCCACAGUGGUUAA